UGGGAUUUGCCCACUUAAAUUAUGUAAAUACAGCAGGCAAAAUAUUAGCACGUCCACCUUUAUUUGUAGACACUUUUAUCUGCAAAAUAAAUAUACAUUCAGAUACAUUAUCUGUAUUUAUGUAUAAAACGUGAACGAUGUAUCGUGUUUAUCGCUCACGGUGGGUUUUAUCCGGCGUGUCCUUGACAGUGGGCAUCGGCAUUGGUGCCACCUUGACAGGAGCCGGUGAUCGCCUUAAUAAACCUCGUGAUACGACUCACGAUGGACUUCUUGACCGCAUACCGAUCAUCCCAAUACCGAGCGUUGACGCGGCGUCAGAGAUCACCCCCUAUCAGCCGGGACAGGUCGCUGCAAACAAAUCUACAGCUGCGAUAAAGUACGGCUUCCCUUCACUGUCUAAUAUCAAGAGCAGGGAGUCUUACGUGACCUCAUAUGACCCUAGAAACAGGACUGCGGCGUGGGUGAUCGAGCAGCUCAACGCUGAGACUCUAACCGGGACAUCGGACAGAAAGUUCUGCGAUUUUAAAGAGGAUGACACGAUACAUGUUUACCACAGAUCGAGCAAUGCAGAUUAUAAGGGCAGUGGGUUCGACAGGGGCCACCUGGCCGCAGCUGCCAAUCACAAGUGGAGUCAGAAAGCCAUGGAUGACACCUUCUACCUGAGCAAUGUGUCACCACAGAAUCCUCAUCUAAACCAGAAUGCAUGGAACAACUUGGAGAAAUAUUGUCGCUCUCUGACCAAGCAUUACCAGAAUGUAUUUGUGUGCACUGGACCACUCUACUUACCCCGACAGGAGCCUGAUGGCAAAAUGUAUGUGAAGUAUCAGGUUUUGGGAAAGAACCAUGUUGCCGUGCCAACUCACUUCUUUAAGGUUGUGAUUCUGGAAAAGCCACGAGGAGAUGUAGAGCUGCGGUCGUAUGUGAUGCCAAAUAUGCCCGUAGAUGAGAAAAUUCCACUGGAACGCUUUUUGGUGCCCAUUGAGAGCAUAGAGAGAGCAUCCGGGCUGCUCUUCGUACCCAACAUCAUGAAGAGGACAACAAGUCUAAAAGCUAUUACUGCAGGACCAUGAUUAUUUUACAUACAUUACUACUGAGGGGAAAAGGUAAACUAUGGUCAUAAUUAGUUGUAAUAUUAGACGUAAAAUACCUCAAAAUGCUUCAUUAUGUCACUGUGACACAUUUAUUAAGUUAUUGAAAAAUGUGUUUAAUUUUAAGGCUUAUCAGGGUACCUGGGAAAAACUACUGAGACAGCUUAUAUCUGGCAUAUUUCAUUGUCUAACAGCUCUAAUUAUUAAUAAGAGAGAUUAUGCAUCACGUACCAUUACUAUUUUUUUAGAUUUCAGCCAAAAUCAGUUUUUUUUUUAAGGAUUAUUUUGAGCCAAAACCUUUUUGAAAUGAGCCAAAAUGUAUGUUUUCAAUUUUAAACUGUUAAAUGUUUGUACUACUGAAAUUAAAAAGAAGUUUAAUCCAAAAUGUGCAUAUUUAUGUGUUCAUUUUUUCACAUGCCUAUUUGGUGACUUUCCAGAAAUUUGGUGACAUUUUUGUAAAAAAGAAAAGAGAAAAGGAAAGUUUCAAUUCAUGUUAGCAAUGCGAGUUUGUCAUCUUAAACUCGGAUCUCAGAAUUAGUUACCGGAGCAAACCAGGAAACUGAAAACUUUAACACAAGAACCUAUUAUUUGCAUUUGCACAAUGGAUUGAAAUGACUUUUUUUGUGAAUCUGUUUGUUAUUUGGAUUUAAUUUAGCUAUUGCUGUUUUUGCUUUGAGAAAAGGGAAAAAGUAAAAUAAGCCCAGGUGAAAGAACAAUGCAUUAAUUCAAUGUGCAACGCUGACAACCACUAGAUGGCAAUAAAAUAUAUAAGAUUAUCUAUCUACAAUUUGUGAAGAUAUAUUUCAUUUCAAGUUAUAAAUGACCUAUGCACUUAAAUCAUACUUUUGAAUCAGUUUGAUUUUUUAAACUAUGUAAGAAGUCUUUUACGGAACAAUGAAAAAAUAAAAAAGACUGUAAAGAGGAUUUCAACGACAGAUUCUUUAGAAAAGAGCUUAGUGAUUACAUUCGUGGACAAAUAUUUUGCUUUUAUUUUGAAUGGCACUCAUUUUAGUGCACUCAUAUUGACAAUGGCAUUCUACAUGGAUAUAUACAUUCUGCCCAUAGCAUUUACUUAACUUUACACAAGUGAAACAAUAUAUCUUAUUCUCAACAACAUUAUUUUUCUUGGACUGUACAGCAAACUAACAAAUGAAGUCAGAACCUGGAAAUAGCUAAAUAAAACUUUAAUAAUUCUAGAGGCAAUUGUACAUGAAUUGCACAGAACAUUUUCUUCAACAGAAUUAAUGACUUGUCAUAUAUUGGUAUGUCUUCUGUUCAUGUAUAUACAUGUGGCAAACCUGUCAGCGUAACUCUAAAACGUAUAAAAAAAGAUGAGAUUUUUACUUCUUGUUUUGUUUGUUUAUAUAUAAUCAUGCUAAACGGGAAAAAAUAUAUAAAUGUUGUCUUCAAAGUGUUACUAGACAGAAGCCCUUUGACUUUUACAUCGUGUUUUAAGGGAGGAUUUUUUUUCUUCUUUAAAUAGUGUUUUAAUGUGCAGAACUAUUACCUAAAAAAAUUGAAUAUGACAUGUUUCAUUUGCUUAUUUUAGUUACUCUAUAUUUUAAAGGUGCACUCAGUAAUUGUUCCUCAUUAUAUAGACUAACAAAACAAACAAACAAACCAAAAAAUAUAUUUUAAAUUAUCUAACUUACAUGAGAUGAAGACUCCAGUUUUCCAGCAACCUAUAGACAGGGGUGGUGCCAGAUUUUUCACAGGGGUGGCCAAGCAGGGCACCGUGAUCAUCUUAUAUAAUAUAAUAAUUUAGAUAUAAUAAUUUUAUAUGCAACUAUGUGUAUGACCUGCCGUACACUACGCAUUUUAUCUUGGUAACCCUCUAAUUAUUGGACACCUUUGCUUACUGUAUAAAUUAAUAAUUGCUGACUAAAUAUAAUACAUUUGUACCAUGGCAUCGUUAACUGAGAAACAUUGCUUGCCUGUGAUACUGCAUCCUCGCCGCUAGAUGUCAGUAUAAGUCCAAGACCUGCCAUGUCAACCAGUGGAACAUGAAAAUUACUGGGUGCGCCUUUAAGAAGACAAGUUGUUUUGAAUGAGUGUGGUCUUUUUCUGAGCUAACGUUUGGAAAUGUCCAGCAUUCAAACUUCAACAAGUACUCUUAACCUUGGAGUUGUGACAACACAUAUACUUAAAUAAAUUAAGGAGCCGACCAUAAUUUAAAACAUAAAUAAAAGAAGUGCAUAAUUCCAAACAACAAUCAAAAAGAGCACACUUUCUCUCGAGCUUGUAUGAUAACAUAUAUAUAUUCCAUGGAAUAAACGAAUUAAUAUGUGUUUGGAACAACAUGAGGGUGAAAAAAUGAUGACAGCAUUUUCAUUUUUAGGUGAACUAUUUGAAAUAUUUUAAGCUAAAACUCGACCAAGAACAUACUAUUUUAAUACCAGUAAUAUUAGAGCGAACCUUUGUAGGGUCUGUCUACAGGUUUGAUGCAAAUAUUGCCAUGAUGUGUGGACUCUUAAAGGGAAAGUUCACCCAAAAAUAAAAAAAUUCUGUCAUCAUUUACUCACCCUCAUGCCUUCACAGACGUGAGAGACUUUUUUCUUCUGCUAAACACGAACAAUUUUUUUUUAGAAUGUCUUAGCUCAGUAGGUCCUAACAAUGCAAGUGAAUGGGUACCAAAAUGUUCAAGCUCAAAAAGCACAUAAAAGGUAGCAUAAAAGUAACCCAUACGGCUCCAGUGGUUAAAUCCAUAUCUUCAGAAGCGAUAUGCUAGGUGUAGUUUUUUACUAUAAAUUCUCCUGCCUGCCCAGUAGGUGGCGAUAAGUGGAGAUUAAUAGUAAAAAAAGACUUAAAUAUUGAUCUGUUUCUAAUCCACACUUAUCAUAUCGCUUCUGAAGAUAUACAUUCUAAUGCUAUAGAAAGUGCACAGAGUGGAAUAAAGACGUUGUGAGGGACAGACACUGGUUGUACUGUAGGUAUGAUACUCAAUGUGGAGUCUAAUACUGGCCACGUGAGUACAGCAAGCAGCAAGAGGGCUUUCUCCAUGUCUUAGCAUUGAUAAGCGUUUGUGGAGUGGUUAAAGGGAUAGAUCACCCAUUAACUCUCAUGUUGUUCCAAACCCACAUGAGUUAAUCUUUCUCCCUUGUUACCCAAAAGGAGAUGUUAGGCAGAAAGACAGUACAAGUCAAAUUCUCAGAUACUUAAAUACUCAAAUUCACUUCAGUUGUAUGAAAAAAAAAAAAAAAAAAAAUGGCAGAAUGAAAUUUUUUGGGGGUGAACCAUUUCUUUAAAAUUUAUGAUCAACUUUGCCCGGUCUCGAACAGCAUCUGAAUAUAAAAUCGGAGCUUAUGAUGUUAUUUUUUUUUUUUAUAUUAUCUUGUAAUACAUUACAGCAGACCUCAGCACUGUACAAAAAAAAAAAAAAAAAAUUUU